AGCAGAGCUCCGCAAGUCUUCUGCGCUGCGUGGAGGCUGCGUUUGGCUGGCUUCCCCGAUCCCGGGCUCUUUGCACCCGAGCUCACUGUGCGUAGCGCCGGGCGGCCGGAGGCGCUCCCCGGCGCGAGUCCGCGGCCCCCUGGCGAGCGCGCGUGGGCGAGCGGCCGCGGACACUUUGGCCUGGCUAGGGAAGCCGCGCCCUCGCACCCUCGCCCCGCGGGCCGGCGGAGGCGACGGGAAGUUUUAUUUGCAGCUCGGACCCCGUGGCGGAUGGUGGGACUCUCUGGCUCUGUGCAAUAAAAGAUUGAUCUCUGGGCUGGUGAACAUAAUAUCUGUCCCAGUCAGAAAAGGAGAGAGGAAAUUAGCAGAGCGAUUGGUGGAGAAUGAUAUCUGUCAAAAGAAACACUUGGAGAGCACUGAGUUUAGUAAUAGGUGACUGCCGGAGAAAAGGGAACUUUGAAUAUUGUCAAGAUCGUACUGAGAAGCACUCCACAAUGCCAGACUCACCUGUGGAUGUGAAGACGCAAUCGAGGCUGACUCCCCCGACGAUGCCCCCUCCCCCGACCACGCAAGGAGCUCCAAGAACCAGUUCAUUUACGCCCACAACAUUAACUAAUGGCACGAGCCAUUCGCCUACAGCCUUGAAUGGCGCCCCCUCGCCACCCAACGGCUUUAGCAACGGGCCUUCUUCUUCUUCCUCGUCUUCUCUGGCUAAUCAACAGCUGCCCCCGGCCUGUGGUGCCAGGCAACUCAGUAAACUGAAGCGGUUCCUCACCACUCUGCAACAGUUUGGCAAUGACAUCUCACCGGAGAUAGGAGAGAGAGUCCGCACCCUGGUUCUAGGACUGGUGAACUCAACUUUGACAAUUGAAGAAUUUCAUUCCAAACUGCAAGAAGCUACUAACUUUCCACUGCGACCUUUUGUCAUCCCAUUUUUGAAGGCCAACUUGCCCUUGCUGCAGCGUGAGCUCCUCCAUUGUGCAAGACUGGCCAAACAGAACCCUGCCCAGUACCUCGCCCAGCAUGAACAGCUGCUUCUGGAUGCCAGCACCACCUCACCUGUUGACUCCUCAGAGCUGCUUCUCGAUGUGAACGAAAACGGGAAGAGGCGAACUCCAGACAGAACCAAAGAAAAUGGCUUUGACAGAGAGCCUUUGCACUCAGAACAUCCAAGCAAGCGACCAUGCACUAUUAGCCCAGGCCAGCGGUACAGUCCAAAUAACGGCUUAUCCUACCAGCCCAAUGGCCUGCCUCACCCCACCCCACCGCCACCUCAGCAUUACCGUUUGGAUGAUAUGGCCAUUGCCCACCACUACAGGGACUCUUAUCGACACCCCAGCCACAGGGACCUCAGGGACAGAAACAGACCUAUGGGGUUGCAUGGCACACGUCAAGAAGAAAUGAUUGAUCACAGACUAACAGACAGAGAAUGGGCAGAAGAAUGGAAACAUCUUGACCAUCUGUUAAACUGCAUAAUGGACAUGGUGGAAAAAACAAGGCGAUCUCUCACUGUACUAAGGCGAUGUCAGGAAGCGGACCGCGAGGAACUGAAUUACUGGAUCCGGCGGUACAGUGACGCCGAGGACUUGAAAAAGGGCGGCAGCAGUAGCAGCAGCCACUCCCGGCAGCAGAGUCCCAUCAACCCAGACCCAGUUGCUUUAGACGCGCAUCGAGAAUUCCUUCACAGGCCUGCUUCUGGAUACGUGCCAGAGGAGAUCUGGAAGAAAGCUGAGGAGGCGGUCAAUGAGGUGAAACGCCAGGCGAUGACGGAGCUGCAGAAGGCUGUGUCGGAGGCGGAGCGGAAAGCUCACGAUAUGAUCACCACGGAGCGAGCCAAGAUGGAGCGCACGGUCGCCGAGGCCAAGCGGCAGGCCGCGGAAGAUGCGCUCGCUGUCAUCAAUCAGCAAGAGGAUUCCAGCGAGAGCUGCUGGAAUUGUGGCCGUAAAGCGAGCGAAACCUGCAGUGGCUGCAACACGGCCCGAUACUGUGGCUCAUUUUGCCAGCACAAAGACUGGGAGAAGCACCACCACAUCUGUGGACAGACCCUGCAGGCCCAGCAGCAGGGGGACACGCCUGCCGUCAGCUCCUCCGUCACGCCCAACAGCGGGGCCGGGAGCCCCAUGGACACACCACCAGCAGCCACCCCGAGGUCGACCACCCCAGGGACCCCCUCCACCAUAGAGACGACCCCUCGCUAGACAUGAACUCAGAACUGUCGGAGGAAAGACAACAGAACCAACACGAAACCAAUUCCUCAUCCUCAAGCUCAAAGUUGUUUUUUUGUUUGUUUGUUUAUAGAUGAACUAUCAUAUUUCAGUACUCCAGCAAGAGAAGACGUAACUGUAUCUUGAGGUGGUAGUAAAACACAGAGGGCCAGUAACGGGUCGUAAUGACUUACUGUGGAUAACAAAGAUAUCUUUUCUUUAGAGAACUGAAAAAGAGAGCAGAGAAUAUAACAUGAAAUGAUAGAUUUGACCUCCUCCCUGUUAUUUUCCAGUAGCUGGGAUUUUAAACUAGAUGACCUCAUUAACCGAUGCUUUACCAAACAGCAAACCAAGAGAUUGCUAAUUGCUGUUGAAAGCAAAAAUGCUAAUAUUAAAAGUCACAAUGUUCUUUAGAUGUAAUAAUGGAAGAAAAGAGGAAAACUCUCAAGGGCAUGAGCAUUGGAUACAGCAGUAGACAUUUUAACAAGAAGAUGAAUGGCGUCCGUGGGUUGCUAACUGAACUUUGAAGACCCACUACAAAACGCGCAGAUGUGUAGCAGAUUGGAAGGAGACACAGAUGUUCAGUUUUUUUUUCCUGUUUCUGAAAAGAAAUAAUAAUAUCCAGGUCAACAGAAUGAAAAAAUGAAAGAUGAUUUGCAGUGGGAUGUAUGAAUAUAGCAGCAAGAAAAAAAAAUGCCAUAAUACAAAAGGCUCCUUUUUUAUAUAUAUAUGAACACACACGGAAGUACAAGACUCAGCCUGCAGUUAAUUAGCAUCCUGGCAGCUUUGACAUCAGCCAGCUGCCCUAAAUAACCCUUCAACGUUUCUUCACUUUUGCAAGGUUCCACAGAGUAAGACAUUGGGUCUGUUCCAGCUCAUUCAUUUUAUAUUGAAAAGUAAUUUUAAAAAAAAUAAUGGUGGCUCCAGCUCCAGCCCCCUUUCCAAAAUUUUUCAACCCCACCCUGUUUGGAUUUUUAAUUACAAACUCGUAGUUCUCUUGGUGUUAAAACACUUCUGUCCUGUGAGGUUUCCCAAUGGUGUUUUUCUUGUAAAUGUGUUGGACAAAUGUGAAGAUGCAUUGUAGUUUAACCAUUCGCCCACAUUUAGUCUCUUUAUUCCUAGUUGGUGAGAAACCUGUAUCUUUCUAUGCUGCUUUUAUAUCUGUAUGUAUUAGUGAUAUUUCUCUAGUAGUUUAAAAAAGAAAAAAAAAAAAAAAAGACUCUUUUUGGUUGUCCACAAGAAAAGAAAAGAAAAAGCUAUCUUUUGGAGCUGCUAUUUCACUCUCUUAUAGAAUUUUUUUUUCCUGAAAACCAGCAUGCUUCACGGAAUGCUAACAUGGGUGUUUUUGUAAGAGGGAUGUACAUAAAUGUAUUUUGCACUGUCACAAUGACUCCCUAGGCAUGCUUUUUUUUUUUCUGAGCAAACUUUUUAAAUAUGCUAGAGCCAUUUCACCAAGUUUAGCUGUAGCAUAGAGUAGUAGUGGAAUUUUUUCUUUUUUUGGAAAAUUCACUAUUAGGGACUUUUUUUAAAAAAAUGAAAUAACAAGAUAUCCUACUUAAAAAAAAAAAAGGACAGUGCAUGCAUAUUGCUGUAAGAUCGUUUAAGUAUUUCUAAUUUUACAAAAAAAAAAAAAAAAGUUAAAUCAUUAGAGCUCCAAAUGCUGAGGUGUAGAUUGACAGCUUUAACACUGCUGAAUGCCAGGUUAUACAGUAUUCUUACAAAAAGGGAAGUCAGCCAAAGACUGAUCUGAUGGACCAAAAUCGGAAUUUUGAAAAGCACCAGUACUAUUUUCCAAAUGAUCAGCAGGUUAAACAUGUUCAGCAAGGUAUAGUGUGAAUCCAUUAACCCUUCGUUGUCCAGGGUCCAGACCAGAACUACUUGUUAGUUUUGAAAAUAGUAGCCCAGGAUGUGGUUGUGUGCUUUAGAGAAAGUCAGCAGUGCUGCAGGCUGUGUAGACAACCAAAGUUACAAGGCUGGGAAGACACUUCUCCAUAUACAUAUACACCAGGCAUUGCUUUAACAAAUCUAAAACGAUCCAUUAGCUUUGGGAGUUUUUUAAUGUAGCCCUUGGAUACAGUUUUAAAUGGCUUGUUGAGUAUCUGCAAAGAGGCAAUCCUAAAUUGGUUUGCUCUAUGUCUCUUAAAUCUUAACAUUUUUCAUUUUCUCCCUGUAUUCUCAUAUACAAGUUGGUUUUAAUUUUGUUUGGGUGGUGUUAUGUUUUUGUUUUUUUUUUUGUUUUUUUUUUUUAAUAGGUUUUUUAGUUUAAAAAAUUCUGAUGAGCAAACAAAUACAUCUAUCUGCAUGUUGGAAGUCCAUCUGCCAGCACACCUGCUUAAAGUGAAAUUGAAAGCACAUAACCAGGCUCUGAAUGGGUUAUAUUUUAUCAUGGUGCUCCCAGAAUCCUUUGACCUCACUCUGCUUUCUAGUCUGCUUGUGACACUGGACAGUCCUUUCUUACAGAGCUAUUAUAUGUUCUAGGCUACGAAGGGUUAAAUAAUCCCAAAAAUGAGGUAUGUCAUACCCACAUGUCUUUAUCUCUAGAAGCUGUGAUGUAUGUGAAACAGCACUGUUAUUCUUAACACUAGUGUGUAAAAUAAGGAUUAGUACAGUAUGUCUCAUUACUUUUAAUUCAGGGCACCCUGAGUGAAAACAAAUACAAAAAAAAAAAAAUCCCUAACUCUGAGCU